AUGGAUGGUUUGAUACAAGGGGGAGCAACAGUGGAACCAGUUGAGCCUACUAUGUUGGACAAAACUACUGAUUUGGAAGAAACUCCUGCCUUGGCCAAAACCACUACUUUGGCCAAAUUUGAACUUGCUAGUUUUAUUGAUGGUGCUAAGCCGAUUCCUUCCCCUACUUCUCAAAUAGUACCCAAUCAAGCUCCUCUCGAUAUUCCUGAGUAUGUCGUGGACUUGCUAGCAGAUACUGAGAUACUUGACUGUAAACCAACUGAGACAGCUAUUUUGGAGAAUCAUAAACUUGAGAUACCAGAAGUUGGUUGGGAGAUUUAUCUAUUUGUCACUGACAUGCCCCGACAUUGCCUAUGCGAGUCCGAGAAUAGAGGGAUUGCCCAAGGGGUUUGUGAAAUACUAUGGUUGAGGGUUACUAAAAUUGGGUUUAGGCCAAACACUGCUACAAAGCUCCACUAUGACAGUCAGUCUGCAUUUGAAAUUGCUAAUAAUCCGGUGCAACAUGAUCGAACUAGGCAUGUAGGAGUUGAUCGGCAUUUCAUUAAGGAGAAGAUAAAGCACAAGUUAAUUACUAUACCUUUUGUGUCUUGA